CUUCGAUGUAUACCGCGAUGAACGCCGUCUUCCGAGCACGAUGGACACGGUCAUUUUCCACGUCCAGGUCAAGGUCAAACCGUGCUGUCGUGUAUACUCAGAACGGGAAUCCAGCGGAGGUCCUCAGCGCUAUGACUUUUCCCAAGCUGGAUCCCCCGAGGCCAUCCACCGUCAAUGUCAAGUUCCUGCUCUCACCAAUCAACCCUGCUGAUAUCAAUGUCGUCGAGGGCGUCUACCCCGCAAAGCCCCAGCCCGUGCAGGGAAUAUGGUCCGAAGAUGUAUACAUCGGAGGAAAUGAAGGGCUGGCCAUUGUAACAGCAAUCGGCGAAGGCGUCGACUCUGUGAAACCCAGAGAUUGGGUCAUUUUGACAAAGGCUCAGGCUGGCACCUGGACUGCAGUAAAGAACAUUUCGGCUGAAGAGAUCGUCAAGAUACCCAACCCUGAAGGACUCAGUGAAGUCCAUGGGGCUACUAUGACAGUCAACCCUCCUACAGCAUACAAUAUGCUUAAUGAGUUCGUUGGUCUCAAACCUGGCGACUGGGUCAUCCAGAAUGGCGCUAAUAGUGCUGUAGGUCAAGCAGCCAUUCAAAUAGCGGCUGCUCAAGGAUUGAAAACAAUCAACUUUGUCCGUAACCGAGAUGACAUUGUCGAUCUAGUACAGAGACUGGAAGCCUUGGGAGCAAACAAGGUGUUCACCUAUGACGACCUCAAAGACCGAGAGUUCCGUAAAAAGAUCUCAAUCCUGACUGGAAACAUGGAAAUCCGCUUGGGACUCAACUGUGUUGGCGGCCCUGAGACGACGCAAAUGACAAAACUCUUGGGCAACGAUGCCCAUUUGGUAUCCUAUGGCGCAAUGUCGAAGCAACCACUGUCAUUCCCGACAUCUCUGUUCAUUUUCAAGAAUCUCACAGCCCACGGUUUCUGGCAACACGGCUGGUAUCAACGACGGAGUCAUCUAGAUCGCGAAAAUUUAAUGCGCAAGUUAGUUGACUUGACGCUUCAAGGCAAGCUCAAGGAGCCUGAGCAUGAAAUAGUAACCGUUCCCGCUUAUGAAUCUGAUGAAGAAGCGACCAUGAGAAUCAGGAACAUUUUCAAGACAGCGCAGAGCUACGGAAAGAAAAUCUUACUCAAGCUAGAGUGUUCUUCAUAGUUCCACAGGAUAGAAUGGAAAUUAAAACGAUAUCUAUCCUUAUUAUAAACAAUGCUACCGCAUUUGUCUGUCUUCGAAGAAAUGC